AUGGGGGACGAUGGUGUUGGCAGCCCUGAUGACGACGGCGGUGGUAGCCCUGAUGGUGUUGGCAACCCUGAUGGUGACGAUGGCGGUGGUAGCACUGAUGCUGAAACGCUAAGCGUUGAGACAAGGAAGAUAUUGGAACGUGUCAAUAUACAAGAGGAACACCGGGGAACGUGUUCACUUAUACAAGAGGAACACCGGGAAACGUGUUCACUUAUACAAGAGGAACACCGGGGAACGUGUUCACUUAUACAAGAGGAACACCGGGGAACGUGUUCACUUAUACAAGAGGAACACCGGGGAACGUGUUCACUUAUACAAGAGGACACCGGGGAACGUGUUCACUUAUACAAGAGGAACACCGGGGAACGUGUUCACUUAUACAAGAGGAACACCGGGGAACGUGUUCACUUAUACAAGAGGAACACCGGGGAACGUGUUCACUUAUACAAGAGGAACACCGGGGAACGUGUUCACUUAUACAAGAGGAACACCGGGGAACGUGUUCACUUAUACAAGAGGAACACCGGGGAACGUGUUCACUUACACAAGAGGAACACCGGGGAACGUGUUCACUUAUACAAGAGGAACACCGGGGAACGUGUUCACUUAUACAAGAGGAACACCGGGGAACGUGUUCACUUAUACAAGAGGAACACCGGGGAACGUGUUCACUUAUACAAGAGGAACACCGGGGAACGUGUUCACUUAUACAAGAGGAACACCGGGGAACGUGUUCACUUAUACAAGAGGAACACCGGGGAACGUGUUCACUUAUACAAGAGGAACACCGGGGAACGUGUUCACUUAUACAAGAGGAACACCGGGGAACGUGUUCACUUAUACAAGAGGAACACCGGGGAACGUGUUCACUUAUACAAGAGGAACACCGGGGAACGUGUUCACUUAUACAAGAGGAACACCGGGGAACGUGUUCACUUAUACAAGAGGAACACCGGGGAACGUGUUCACUUAUACAAGAGGAACACCGGGGAACGUGUUCACUUAUACAAGAGGAACACCGGGGAACGUGUUCACUUAUACAAGAGGAACACCGGGGAACGUGUUCACUUAUACAAGAGGAACACCGGGGAACGUGUUCACUUAUACAAGAGGAACACCGGGGAACGUGUUCACUUAUACAAGAGCAACACCGGGGAACGUGUUCACUUAUACAAGAGCAACACCGGGGAACGUGUUCACUUAUACAAGAGGAACACCGGGGAACGUGUUCACUUAUACAAGAGGAACACCGGGGAACGUGUUCACUUAUACAAGAGCAACACCGGGGAACGUGUUCACUUAUACAAGAGGAACACCGGGGAACGUGUUCACUUAUACAAGAGGAACACCGGGGAACGUGUUCACUUAUACAAGAGGAACACCGGGGAACGUGUUCACUUAUACAAGAGCAACACCGGGGAACGUGUUCACUUAUACAAGAGGAACACCGGGGAACGUGUUCACUUAUACAAGAGGAACACCGGGGAACGUGUUCACUUAUACAAGAGGAACACCGGGGAACGUGUUCACUUAUACAAGAGGAACACCGGGGAACGUGUUCACUUAUACAAGAGGAACACCGGGGAACGUGUUCACUUAUACAAGAGGAACACCGGGGAACGUGUUCACUUAUACAAGAGCAACACCGGGGAACGUGUUCACUUAUACAAGAGGAACACCGGGGAACGUGUUCACUUAUACAAGAGGAACACCGGGGAACGUGUUCACUUAUACAAGAGGAACACCGGGGAACGUGUGAGCGACUAA